UCUGUCUUAUCCUUUAUAUUAUUUUAUUUUACAUGCUCAGACGAUAUUUUAGGUCAAUGGGGGGUUGCAUUGGAUUCCACAACAGAGGACAGAGAGGCAGUGAUGCAUCAGAUGAUAAUGUUCACGUUUCGCACAACAGGCCAUUGAAACACAGGAAGCCCAAAUGGAAGAGCAACAUCCGCUUGACUGAGGCUCAGCUGCAAGCAAAACGAGAAGAGUUUUGGGACACGGCACCUGCCUUUGAGGGGCGCAGAGAAAUCUGGGACGCCUUGAAGGCAUCUGUUGCUGCUCUUGAGGCUGGGGAUUUUCAGAUGGCUCAAGUCAUACUCGAUGGGGCCAACAUCUCUCUACCGAACGGGACCCUGAUGGAUUGCUACGAUGAGUUAGGCAACAGGUAUCAACUGCCCGUUUACAUCCUAAGUGCCCCGAUCAACCUGAUAAAGAAGGAUGAAGAGAAGCUGGAGGGCGGAGCAUGUGGGGAAGAUGAUGAGAACAGCAGCGCCUGUGGGGCUGCCUCAGUGUCGCACAAAAAACACUGCAUCGAAACUUGCAACAAAAGGUCCUCAGUUAAAAAGGAGCACCUGGAACCAACAGGCAAGGAGAUGACCAUUCGAAUUCGUUUUGCCACAGGUGAGGACCAGAGGCUGGCCGUCAACUCUAACGAUACAGUUGCCGCCGUUAAAAUGGCACUUGCUCGUUCGAGACCCGACAUCAAUCCAACUUGCAUUCGAUUCUUCUUCUCUGGGAAGCAGCUGAACAACAAACUCACCCUCACGAAGGCUAAAAUUGAGUCAAAUUAUACCAUUCAAGCAACUGUUUCUGAGCCUAGUCCAUCACUCGCUUCUGAAAAAGGUGCCGAGUUGUCAUCUAAGAAGUCAUCCAAGAAGUCUGGCAAAGCUGUAAGUAGUAUCACGCAUGUUAACGUUGCUCCGGCUAAUUUAAGAGUCACUAACACAGACUGCAUUAACACUGCUGUGGCAUCAACAGCAGCAGCAGUUGACGUCAACAUUAACAAUCUCACAAACACCAGCACUGACAUCCAUAAUGUAAAUAACAUUGAAGACACAUUGGUGGUCAAUGAAUGUGAUAAAACCGAUGUGAACUUGUCGAAACAAUCACAGCAGCCGAAGAUCUUCUACAGCAACUUGACCUCUGGCACCUCACAGCAGCAGCAGCAAGAAACAUGCCCAGUUUUUACGUACAACCAUGACAAACAAAACACUCAACUACAACAACAACGAUUUAGGUGCAACAACAACAACAUAAUCCAUAAUGUCUCACCUUCAGAUUAUAGCGUUCAACAGCAUUACAGCAGCAACAGCAACAACAACAACACCCCACAGCAACAAAACGUUCAACAACAACAACAACAACAAAGUUACUACUCUCAACAACAAUCAUUUAAUUACAACCUUCCAACACAACAUCAACAACAACAUCAUCUGUUACUAGGCCAGUCGACAAAUUUUGAGCAGAAUUCUGAAAAUUAAUCUCUCUCCGUCUAUACAAAAAAUGAACACCAAAGAAGCCACACAGCAUUUAGUCAGAUGAUUUCUAUA